AUGGAUGAAGAAAUUCGAAGAAAGUAUUGUGGGCUGUUAAUGUUUGACGUGAUUCCACCUUCCUCUCUCUAUAAAUCCAAUGGUAAAGGGAAUUCUUCAACACUAACCAUCGAUCAUACCACUUCUCUCGAGAAUAGCAGCAUAAGAACACAAGACAACUUCGUCUUUACUUCCUUCCUGGAACCAAUUCGAGUUAAACCUCAAAAUCCUAUAAAAAUUAAACAUAUCACUUCUAAUGUCAUGGUUUCAGAUUCGAAUAACGAUGUUGAAAAGGCUCCAAAUAUAGUACAGCCAUCUUCCGAGGAUAGAACCCCUCGUCCUCCAAACGCCUUCAUUUUAUAUAGGCGUGCAAAACAACCUGAAGUCACCCAGAAAUAUGGUAAUAUUUCUAAUGCGAAAAUUUCAAAAAUACUUGCCAACCUUUGGAGAAACGAAUCCGAAGAUGUAAAACAUUAUUGGCAAAAAAUGGCUGAUAGAAAAAAAAUGGAACAUAUGCUUGCUCACCCUGGAUACGUCUAUCGUCCGAAAAAACCCGGCGGAAAUAAAAAAAAGAAGGACCGUCGUACAUCGAAGGUGAAGGUCUCUCCGAAAGAAUCCCCCGGACCAUUGAUUCCAUUAUGUGACUCACCUGCCCCAAAUUCAAUCGUUUCUGAUUCAUCCCAAGUUCCUGCUGCCCCUUCUGUGGACCCUUCCUCUCCUUACAUUUUUUACGACUGUCAUUUUGAAAAUUAUUCUCAAAUUACACCAUCCAUCUUUUCAAACAACGAUAUCGGCUACGACAAUUAUGUCUAUAGCAAUUAUAUCGAUUGUAACGAUUAUAACGAUUAUAAUAAUUAUAAUGUUAUUGAACCAAAUAAUUUUUUUGACGUACAACAAUAUCAAAACGACAAAGAUUACUCUUAUCAUUAUGAAA